AUGACCUCUGAACCCGGGGAUGUUCUCCAAACGCAGUUCCAGCCGAGCCAGGGAGACGUGCGUGUUUACGGUGCUGUUUUCUCUUUCUUCCCAGGCAGCGAAGAUCGCUUACCACCGGCAGCGUCUUUGCGGAGGAGGCGGCUGGCACGGAGGCCGGGCUACAUGAGAAGCGCAGCUGGGCCCCGGAUCGGGUUCCUCUCCCCGCCAGUGGGCGCCCUGUUCCUGGCCCAGGGAGGGGCGCGCGGUGAGAAGUCCCGCCACGCUGAGUCCAGGGCCGGGCCGUGUGGCCUUGACCCUGGAGGCCAGUGGCGAGGUCCCUCGGUUGGGAGCCCCGAUCCCAGGAGCACAGCAGCCUUGGCUCUGACCUCCGUGGGCCACCGAGGCCUGGCUCUGGUGGCCGUGAGAGGAAGCCCAGGGCUCCGUGGGACGCAGCCCAGGGCUGGCACUACCCUGCCCAAGAGGCUGCCCAGGACCUGUGGCCCCGGGGACGCCGGGUGUCCGAAGGAGCUGCCAUCCAUGGACACUCAAGAGGCCCCAAGCCCUCGCCGGGAAGCAGCCUGGACCAAAGGCCGUCUGUCCCCGGAGGAGGUGAAGGGCACCAGCUGCGGCCUCGGAAGUGGCCCCAAGGCCCCCUCCACCCCUGCCGGCUCUCAGGAUGUCUUCACCUCCAACUUUACUUUCAUUCGCCUCUCCCUGGGUUCUGCUGGGGAACGGGGAGAAGCAGAGGGCUGCCCGCCAUCCAGAGAGGCUGAGGCCCCGCGUCGGAGCCCCGAGGAGACGGAGGCCAAGGCCGCCAGCUUGGACGGACCCCGCGAGCACCCUCGGGUCCUCGCCUCCCCCUUCACUCUCAAGGCCCCUCAGGGCCUGGCAGACGCUGCCCAGACCUCGGGGGGCAGCCCCAGGCUGGAGUGUGAGACGCUUCCCUUGUCGGACACGGAUGCCACCUCCUCCCACGCCCCGGAUCCCUCGUGGUUUGAGGGCGGCAACUCGGGGAAUGCUCACCAUUGGGAUCCUCUGCUUAGCAGCUGCGAGCUGGCACUGUUGCACUGCCUGCAGGGCCAGCGGCGGCGGCUGGAGGUAAAAUCCCUAAGAUUAAAGCUUCAGAAACUUCAAGAAAAAGCGGUUGAGGAAGAUGAUUAUGAUAAGGCUGAGAUGAUCCAACAAAGAUUAGAGGCCCUGGAGAAAGAGAGAAGCAGCCUGCACUUUCAGCUCCCUUCACAGCACCCGGCGCUCAGUGGCUUCCUGGGCCACCUGAGGGCACAGGCCCAGGCCAGCCUGCACCGGGCGGCCCAGAGAGCCGGCAGUGACGACACCCAAGCCCAGCUCAGAAUGGAGCCGAAGACGUCAGAACCCACUGCUCAGGACAACCUGCUUGUGUCUGUGACCCGGCGAGACCGGCUUCUCCAAGAAAAGCAGCAGUUACAGAAAGAAAUCGAAGCCCUCCAAGUCAGGAUGUCUGUGCUGGACGCAAAAGAUCAACAGCUGAGAAGGGAAAUAGAAGAGCAGGAGUGGGUCCUCCCGUGGCAGGGCUGCGACCUCAUGGGAGGGCUGUCCCUGGGCGAGUUGCAGGAGGUCAGCAAGAACUUGCAGGACACCCUGGCCUUGGCUGAGCAGAUUCCCGUCCGUGCAGAGCCACCCGAAACCGUCAGGAGCCUCCAGGAAAGGAUAAAAUCCCUCAACUUGUCACUUAAAGAGAUCACUGCUAAGGUGUGUAUGAGCGAAAGACUCUGCAGUGCCCUGAGGAAGGAAGUUAACGAUAUUGAAACCCGACUGCCGGCGUUGCUUGAAGCCAAAGUGCUUGCCAUCUCAGGAAACCAUUUCUGUACAGCCAAGGAGCUCACGGAGGAGAUUAGAUCAUUAACGUCAGAGAGGGAAGGGCUGGAGGGACUUCUCCACAGACAGUUGGUGCUGAGUUCCAGGAACGUCCAGAAAUUGGGAAGUGUUAAAGAAGAUUACAGCAGCCUCAGGAGGGAACUGGAUCAGGGGAAAAGUGCCUAUGAAACCAGUGUGAAGGUGAAUACUAUGAAGUACAUGGAAAUGCUUGAGGAUAAACUGCACAGCUGCAAGUGUCCACUGCUUGGAAAAGUGUGGGAAGCUGACCUGGAAGCUUGUCGGUUGCUUAUCGAGAGCCUGCAGCUCCAGGAGGCCAGGGGCAGCCAGGUGGCAGAAGAUGAGAGACAGGCGGAUGACUUAGGGGGAGGUGCUGGUACAACAGCUCUGGCCAUCCCCCCGAGGCCCCACUCUGAAGAUGAGAGGAAGACCCCUUUGCAAGCAUUUGAAGAGUGGAAGGUGCACCUGACCCCUUCCCCUCACUGUGCUGGCAGUGAACAGAAGGAGGAAUCUUACGUCCUUUCGGCAGAACUUGGAGAAAAAUGUGAAGCCAUUGGCAAGAAAUUACUAUACUUAGAAGAUCAACUUCGCACUGCGAUCCAUAGUCACGAUGAAGAUCUCAUUCAGUCUCUCAAGAGGGAGCUCCAGAUGGUGAAGGAGACUCUGCAGGCCAUGAUCCUGCAGCUCCAACCAGCAAAGGAGGCGGGAGAGAGGGAGGCCGCAGCUUCCUGUGGGACAGCUGGUGUCCGGGAAGCACCGGCCUGA